CGCUUGGGGUUCUCGUCUGUGGUGGCGGGCGCGGCCGGGAUGGCGAAGAGCAGCGGAGGAGAGGAUGGGCCGCGCGCGCCUGCGGACGACGGGAGCCUGUCGGGGACCCGGGAGAAUCUGGUCCAGGGCGCCGACGCCGUCACCACCGAUGAACUCAGCUCUCUGGGCUCUGACUCCGAGGCCAACGGCUUUGCGGAGCGCCGCAUAGACAAGUUCGGCUUCAUCGUGGGCUCGCAAGGCGCCGAGGGCGCGCUGGAGGAGGUCCCUCUGGAAGUGCUGAGGCAGAGAGAGUCUAAGUGGCUGGACAUGCUCAACAACUGGGACAAGUGGAUGGCCAAGAAGCACAAAAAGAUUCGUCUGAGAUGCCAGAAGGGUAUCCCGCCUUCUCUGCGGGGACGAGCUUGGCAGUACCUGUCAGGAGGCAAGGUGAAACUACAGCAGAACCCUGGAAAAUUUGACGAGCUGGACAUGUCUCCUGGGGACCCCAAGUGGCUGGAUGUGAUUGAGCGGGACCUACACCGGCAGUUCCCUUUUCAUGAGAUGUUUGUGUCCCGGGGAGGCCAUGGCCAGCAGGACCUGUUCCGUGUGCUGAAGGCCUAUACGCUGUACAGACCCGAGGAGGGCUACUGCCAGGCCCAGGCGCCCAUUGCUGCCGUGCUGCUCAUGCACAUGCCUGCUGAGCAAGCCUUCUGGUGUCUGGUACAGAUCUGUGAGAAGUACCUGCCUGGCUACUACAGUGAGAAACUGGAGGCAAUUCAGCUAGAUGGCGAGAUCCUCUUCUCGCUACUACAGAAGGUGUCCCCAGUUGCUCACAAGCAUCUCAGCCGGCAGAAGAUUGACCCUCUACUCUACAUGACAGAGUGGUUCAUGUGCGCCUUUGCCCGUACCCUGCCCUGGAGCUCUGUGCUGCGCGUCUGGGACAUGUUCUUCUGUGAAGGAGUCAAGAUCAUCUUCCGAGUGGGGCUGGUGCUGCUGAAGCAUGCACUGGGAUCCCCUGAAAAGCUCAAAGCCUGCCAGGGCCAGUAUGAGACCAUCGAGCAGCUGCGGAGUCUCAGCCCCAAGAUCAUGCAGGAGGCCUUCCUGGUCCAGGAGGUGGUGGAGUUGCCCGUGACAGAGCGCCAGAUCGAGCGUGAACACCUCAUCCAGAUGCGGCGCUGGAAGGAGACCCGGGGAGAGCUGCAGUGUUGCUCCUCACCCAGGCUGCAUGGUGCCAAAGCCAUCCUGGAUGCAGAGCCUGGUCCCCGGCCUGCCCUGCAACCUUCACCUUCCAUCCGUCUGCCUCCAGAUGCGCCCCUCCCUGGCUCCAAAGCUACGCCACUCAAGCAGGUCCAGAAGGAACAGCGGAAGCACGCUAAGGCGAGUGGACAGCUGAACAAGUCCUCGGCUUCCGGUCAUGCGACAGUGGUGGCUGCUGGAGGAGACGCAUGUUCCCCGCUGGAUGUGCCUCAGAGGGACCCAGUCUCCCAGGACCCAGCCCCCCAGGACUCUGUGCCCCAGGACCUAGCUCACCACCACUCCCGAGAGAGCCUGAUCUCCCAGGAGAGUGAGGACACCUAUUUGUAACCCCUGCAGCUCAGGCCUCCAGGGCGGGGUCUUCACACACUUAACUCGGUUCGGUUCGAAGACUGACAGACACUCCACGGCCGGCGCACCCGAGGGCCUGUGCGCCUGAUGCCCUAGCCGUUUGGCUGCUGGACCAGGAUGGAGUCUGGCCGGCCCAGCACAGAUUCUGCCUGAGCCUCCUUAUUUAUUUUCUCUAGAGUGAAGCUCGAGCUGGCAGAAGCUACAGCCAAGCAGGCGGGGCCUCACUCAGUCCCCUCCUUUGGAGUCUCUUCUGGGGAAUGCUCCCCAGACCAGCGUGCUGGCAUGAAAGGAGCAGUGGGGUGCUCUUUGUGUAAAAUAGAAACAUGAUUUUGUACAGAAAUAAACAAGCUUGUGUAGAGGA